AUGGAGCGCGAAGAAGCCGAGUUCCUCCAUCGGCUCCAUCGGCGCUUCGUCAUCGGCCGGAUCGCCAGCGUCCUCGCGACCAUCGCGGUCUCCGCGUCCCUCAUCGCCGCGGCCUUCCAGUUGCUUCCCCUCGGCGUUCGCGACGGCGAGGCGAUCGUGGCGGUCGUCGCGCUGAUCGCCCUGCUUUCCUUCCUCGUCGUCUGGGGGCGCCUCUGUGCCUUGUACGAGAACCAGAGGCGACGCAGGUGUCUCGAUAGAGGCUUCGACCCGGACGCAUACUUCGCCCCAAACGUCCCCUCCGUAUACGUGGAGGAACACGUGAAGGACAAGGAGGAAAGAAGGCGCGAGAGAUUCCUCCUCACCGACCAAUACUACACGAUCUCGAGGAUGCGCGCGAAGGACAGCGUCCACAUCCCCGCCGGCGAGCGUCGCCGAGUCCUGGUUCACCCAGACGUCCUCGAACAAAUACUCGGGAAGUCCGCCCUUCACCGGCGGCCUCCCCGACCGGGACAGCCGUUCGUCCUCCUCGCCGACCCUCCGCGCCGCUUCUUCGAGGCCGCCGAGGCCCUGGUCGUUCGCGUUGAUCUCGUCUGAUUGCGUACCAUUUCGUCCCAUUAUAUAUUAUUAUUAUAUAUUAUUAUGUCCCAUUAUAUUUAACAUUGACAGGCUGGU